AUGCCUUCGUCCACUAAAGAAAGCCGCAAGAGAAAGGAUUCCGUGGUUGACUCAUGCUCCGACAAUGACUUCGACGGAAGCAUGCUAGAAGGGGUGCUGUCACGGAGUGAGGACGGAAGCAGUGAGUCCGACGACCCUGCAUUCGACAGCGACGAGAGUAUGGAUGACUCUGCGAGCAACGAAGAUAAGGAUACGACUGGUUUUUACGACAAGCUACCUCUCAGUGCAAAGGCUGGCCCUAAGAUGGGCGUAGAUUCUCGGCUAUCGUAUCGUACGGUCACCGAUGCCAACGGUGGUGAACGAUAUGAAUAUGCUGAAAUCGAUCCCGUCUACGAUAGUGAUGAUACAGACGCUCAGGGCCAAACUAACACCAUCGGGAAUAUCCCUCUUUCUUUCUAUGAUUCAUAUCCCCAUAUUGGUUAUGAUAUUAACGGCAAGAAGAUCAUGCGACCAGCGACUGGAGAAGCCCUUGAUGCUCUUCUUGAUAGCAUUGAGCUGCCAAAAGGGUGGACUGGCUUGCUGGACCCAGAGACAGGCAAACCGUUGAACCUUAACCAUGAAGAACUGGAAUUGCUUCGUCGACUUCAAAUGGGGGAGGUCCCUGAAGCAAGUUAUGAUCCAUACCCGGAUAUGGUCCCAUAUUUUACUGGUGCCGAGGAACGAAUGCCACUUAGUGCUGCACCUGAGCCAAAGAGGCGAUUUGUGCCAUCCAAAUAUGAAGCCAAGAGAGUUGCCCAGCUCGUCCGAGCUAUCAAGGAGGGUCGUAUCCUACCAUACAAGCCCACAGAAGAAAUGGACGAAGUACAGCAUAAAGAAAAAUAUUACGACAUAUGGACCAACGAAGAAUAUAAGGAACCACAUGUUAUGAAUAUACCAGCACCGAAAUUGGCACCUCCGGGCUACGAUCUGAGUUACAAUCCCCCGCCAGAGUUCUUGCCUACAGCAGAGGAAAGGAUAUCUUGGGAGGAAACCGAUCCCGAGGAUCGGGAGAAGGAAUACCUCCCAUUUCAAUUUGAUUCCUUACGAAAGGUUCCCGGCUACGACCAGUUAGUCAAAGAACGGUUCGAACGUUGCCUGGACCUAUAUCUAGCCCCCCGGGUUCGAAAAAAUAGGCUCAACAUUGAUCCUAAUUCCCUACUACCGCAACUCCCGCGUCCCGAGGAACUGAAGCCUUUUCCGACUUUGUGUCAGACCAUCUUCAGAGGCCACGUAGGACGCGUACGAUCUGUGGCGUUUAGUCCGGAUGGAGAAUGGAUUGCGUCUGGGGGAGACGACGGGUGUGUGAGAGUGUGGGCAGUCAAUGGUCACCAAGGAUGGAUGGUGAGGCUCAGUGCCGAUGAAGCUGUCAAUACUAUCAGAUGGCGACCCAACAAAGAGACAUUCGUCCUCGCAGCUGUUACUGGAGAGGACCUGUUCUUCAUGGUGCCCCCACUCUGUAAUGAUGCCGUAGAUAAGGCGAGUCGAGCUGUUCUUGAUGCUGGAUUUGGAUGCGCAUCAAACUCUACUCAUCACGCCUCGGCUGGUGAUAGUACAGCCAGGGAAACGUCGGCGAAGUGGUCAAGACCUGGAUCUAAGCUUGAGGACUUGGGUGUCCUGCUAAAAGCUACCGUCAAAUCUACCAUCAAGUCAAUGCAAUGGCAUAGGCGCGGCGAUUUUUUCUGUACAGUGUCUCCAACGGGACAGCGAAGUUCCGUCAUCAUUCAUACGCUCUCUCGGCACUUGAGCCAAAUACCCUUUCGCCGACUUCAUGGCCUGGCACAAUCAGCUCAUUUUCAUCCGUCUCGACCGCUUUUCUUCGUCACCACACAGCGAAUGAUACGGUGCUACGACCUGCAAAGACAAGAACUCGUGAAAGUCCUCCAACCAGGGGCGCGAUGGAUAUCAUCCUUCGAUAUUCACUCUGGCGGAGAUAAUCUUAUUGUGGGAUCUUAUGACCGCCGCUUGCUGUGGCAUGAUUUAGAUCUCUCCGACAGACCAUACAAGACCAUGAGGUUCCACUCCGAGGCUAUUCGGGCCGUCAAGUAUCAUAGAGGACUCCCGCUUUUCGCUGACGCCAGCGACGACGGCUCCUUGCAGAUAUUUCACGGUAAGGUGGUUAAUGACCUGAUGGAAAACGCCACUAUUGUACCAGUGAAAAUGUUGAGGGGACACUCUGUCAUUAACAGGCUAGGUGUUAUGGAUGUCGACUGGCAUCCUCGACACCCAUGGUGCGUAAGUGCUGGAGCUGAUGGAACUUGUAGGCUAUGGACUUAA